CCUAUCAAAGCAAGAAGACUGCUGUGGAACUGUGGGAACUUCCUGGGGCUUUAACAAAUGUCACAAAUGUCCUAAGAAGCCAUCUUAUCCUGGAUACACCCAAAUGGUGGAAUGCCCCCAAGGUUACAAGAGGAUUAAUGCUACCUUUUGUCAAGACAUUAAUGAAUGCCAGUUGCAAGGGGUGUGCCCUAAUGGUGAGUGUUUGAAUACCAUGGGCAGCUAUAGAUGUACCUGCAAAAUGGGAUUUGUGCCAGACCCUACUCUUUCAAGAUGCAUACCUGAUAAUCCUAUGAUCUCUGAAGAGAAAGGGCCCUGUUACCGGUUUGUCAGUGCAGGAAAGCAGUGCAUGCACCCUCUCUCUGUUCAGCUCAGCAAGCAGCUCUGCUGUUGCAGUGUUGGCAAGGCCUGGGGCCCACACUGUGAGAAAUGUCCCCUUCCAGGAACAGCUGCUUUUAAGGAAAUCUGCCCUGGUGGAAUGGGUUAUACGGUUUCUGGCUCUCAUAGAAACAAGCUAUAUCAUCACCCUGCAGUUAGAGUACAGCCACCUGUCAUUGGCAAGACCCAGAUUACUCAACCUGUUGCUAAAGGUACUUCUCCUCCACCUCUCCCAGCAAAGGAAGAGCCAGUGGAGGCACUGACCUUCUCACAGAAAAGUGAGCCCGAGGUGGCUGUGCAAGAAGUGGCAACUGCAGCCCCUGAUCAGGAAUUAGUUUCACUUGAUGAUCAAGAAAAACCUGUGCUCGAGCCUGGUCAACCUCAGCUUUCUCCUGGGAUUUCAACAAUUAACCUGCAUCCAAAAUUUCCAGUGAUUGAAAAAACCUCCCCUCCUAUGCCUGUUGAAGUUGCCCCUGAAGCUUCUACUUCAAGUGCAAGUCAAGUAAUUGCACCUACUCAAGUUACAGAAAUCAAUGAAUGCACAGUGAACCCUGAUAUCUGUGGAGCAGGACACUGCGUUAAUUUGCCUGUGGGAUACACCUGCAUCUGCUAUGAUGGGUACAAGCUGAAUGAUCAACAGACAAAAUGCUCUGAUAUCAAUGAGUGUGUUCAGAAUCCCCAUCUAUGCUCCCUUGGGCACUGUGAAAAUACAGAAGGGAGUUUCCUGUGCAUUUGCCAAGCAGGAUUCAUGGCCAAUGAAGAAGGAACAGAAUGCAUUGAUAUUGACGAAUGCCUGACCCAAAGUAUUUGUCCAGAUGAACAAUGCAUUAAUGGUCCUGGCUCUUACCAAUGUGUUCCUUGCACAGAUGGAUUCAGAGGCUGGAAUGGACAGUGCCAUGAUAUAGAUGAAUGUCAGUAUGGCAAUCUCUGUACAAACGGACAUUGUGAAAACAUCGAGGGAUCUUUCAGAUGUACUUGUAGCCAAGGUUAUAAACUAUCUGCAGCAGGGGACCAGUGUGAAGAUAUAGAUGAAUGCCAGCAACAUCAUCUCUGUACAAAUGGGAAUUGCAGAAACACAGAUGGGUCUUUCAGAUGUAUGUGUAGCCAAGGUUACACAUUAUCAUCUAUGGGAGACCAAUGUGAAGACAUUAACGAAUGCCUUCAAGACAGUGAUAUUUGCCUUAGAGGAAACUGCAUUAAUACUGAAGGUUCUUAUGAAUGCACUUGUCCAGAUGGCUUCCAGCAAAUGGCCAACAGGGGAUGUCAAGAUAUCAAUGAAUGUGAAGGAUCUGAACUUUGUUUGCCACAUGGGGAAUGCCUAAAUACAGAUGGUUCUUUCCAUUGCAUUUGUGAGCAAGGCUUUUCAGUUUCUACAGAUGGCCAAACAUGUGAAGAUGUUGAUGAAUGUGUUAACAGCACUCUAUGUGGCAGUCAUGGGUUCUGUGAAAAUACACCUGGUUCCUACCGCUGCCUCUGUUACCAGGGGUAUCAGGACCCACAGGAUGGGCAAGGGUGUGUGGAUGUGAAUGAAUGUGAAAUGCUGAGUGGGGUAUGUGGUGAAGCCCUCUGUGAAAAUGUAGAAGGCACCUUCCUGUGUCUCUGUUCCGAUGAAAACCAGGAGUAUGAUCCAAUGACUGGACAAUGUCGCUUCGGCACAUCAACAGAUUUACCAGUAGAUGUUGAUCAACCUGAAGAUGAAAAGAAGGAAUGCUACUACAAUCUAAAUGAUGCUAAUUUCUGUGAUAAUGUGUUAACAUCCAACAUCACCAAACAAGAAUGCUGCUGUACUUUGGGUGCUGGCUGGGGUGAUAACUGUGAAAUCUUCCCAUGCCCCAUCUUUGGAACUGCUGAAUUUACUGAUUUGUGUCCUGAAGGAAAAGGUUUCAUCCCCUCUGGUGAUUCAUCUUAUGGAGUCAUUACACAGAAUUACAGAGAUGCAGAUGAAUGCCUGCUCUUCGGACAAGAAAUCUGUAAAAAUGGCUUCUGUCUGAACACACAGCCAGGUUAUGAGUGUUACUGUAAACAAGGCACAUACUAUGAUCCUGUUAAACUCCAAUGCUUUGAUACAGAUGAAUGUCAGGACCCAAACAGCUGUGUGGAUGGCCAGUGCAUUAACACUGAAGGAUCUUACAACUGUUUCUGUACCCAUCCGAUGGUUCUGGAUGCCACAGAAAAGCGAUGUAUCAGACCAGCAGAUUCAAAUGAACAAACGGAAGAAACUGAAGUCUACCAAGAUCUUUGCUGGCAACAUCUGAGUGAGAAUUUUGUUUGUAGCCGGCCUCUGGUUGGAAAGCAGACUACAUACACUGAGUGCUGCUGCUUAUAUGGUGAGGCCUGGGGCAUGCAGUGUGCACUCUGUCCCAUGAAGGACUCGGAGGAUUAUGCCCAGCUGUGCAAUGUUCCAGGUCCAGGAUCUCGACGACCAUAUGGACAAGAUGCUUUGGUUGACUUUGAGGAACACUAUACCCCAGAAACUGAUCCAUUCUUUGUUGAAGACCGUUUUCUGAACAGCUUUGAGGAGUUACAAGCAGAGGAAUGUGGCAUUCUGAAUGGAUGUGAAAAUGGCCGGUGUGUCAGAGUCCAGGAAGGCUAUACCUGUGAUUGUUUUGAUGGCUACCACUUGGACAUGGCCAAAAUGACUUGUGUUGAUGUGAAUGAAUGCGAUGAACUGAACAGUAGGAUGUCUCUCUGCAAGAACGCCAAGUGCAUUAACACAGAAGGUUCGUACAAGUGUUUGUGUCUGCCAGGCUAUGUACCUUCAGACAAGCCAAACUACUGCACACCGCUGAACUCAGAAAUAGACAGUGAACUGGAGUAGAGAAGAAUCUACAUAACCUAAGCCCAUAUACUCUGCACUGUAUAAAGAAAACGAAGAAAUGUAUUUAACUUGAGCUGAGGAUGCACCUAAUUUAGAGUGAUGACUAUAUGGAAAACAGCAUUAAUGUGUUUUCUUGAAGGUGAAAUGUGAUGGGUUGAUAUUCAUCAGCUUCACUGAAAUGACAGACCAAAUGGACACAUUUCUCUGUAUGGAAGAAAAACAAGUAUAUAGUGUGUUCAUAAGUACAACUCAUUGGAAAUGGGCAAAACAGUGCUGUUAUUUUAAACAGAAGAGGGAGUGGUUGUUUUGGUUUUACUAUUGCUUGAUUAAAUUGGCAUUUAAAUAGCAGUGAAAAUAUUUUAUAUUACUUUUUUUCAUUUUUUGAUUGUGCAGUUCCUUUCCUACCGUUUCUCUUCAAAACAUCUUUUUCUGAACAGUGCAAAUUCUUUUAUACAGAUUUUUAAGGCCAUUUUAGAAAAGUUGUAACACAGGGUAAUGCUCCUCCAGUUCUUUUCUGGACUGGAACAUUGGUCACUGACGUUUUUAAUUGCCGGUUGUCUGCCCUGUGGAGCAGGCACUGUUUGUUUUCAAAUGUUUAUACACCUUGGAGAAAAGUCCUUUGUACUCAUUUUGUAUUCUACAUGGUCUUUUACUGCACUUAAAAUCCUUAGAACCUUUCUUGCCAAGUUUCAAAGCUGCUAGUGGACAACCAUUGGAUUCCUUUUGUAUAUUAAAACAAAAGAUUUGAGCUCAUGUCUGUAUUGUAAUAUGUAAAUU